AUAAAAGCGCUCGAGGGGGAAACGAAGCGGCGUCGUCGAUCCACACAUCUCGAGGAGCCUUCGCAUCCCUCCAUUUUCGUUGGCUCUCCAUCCAAACCCCACCCCUCCUCCUCUCCUCUCUCUCUCUCUCUCUCUCUCUCUCUCUCGCUAGGGUUUCCUCUCUCUCUCUCUGGCGAUGGGAGCACUCGAGGAGGGGCGGUUCGAGGGGGAGUUGGCGGCGGCGGAGAACGGGGGCGCGGGGGGGCUCGGCGAGCUCGAGCUCGAGCUCGGCGGGUCCGAGCCCGAGGCCGCCGAUUGCGGAUCCGGAUCCGAUGCGGCGGCCGUGGAGGAGGCGGUGCGCGCGCUCCUGCUAGGGCUCGGGGAGGACCACGAGAGGGAGGGGCUCAGGAGGACGCCGCACCGCGUCGCCAAGGCCUUCAGAGAAGGAACCAGGGGCUACAGACAAAAGGUGAAGGACAUUGUGCAAGGUGCUCUAUUUCCUGAAGCUGGCAUCCCCAACGGAACGGGCUAUGCAGGAGGAACUGGAGGUCUAGUCAUUGUCCGUGACAUCGACCUCUUUUCCUACUGUGAGUUGUGCUUGCUUCCUUUUAGUGUUCAGUGCCAUGUUGGCUAUGUACCCUCAGCCAACCGAGUGGUUGGUUUAAGCAAACUCUCUCGUGUCGCUGAUAUCUUCGCUAAAAGACUCCAAGACCCACAUCGACUAGCCAAUGAAGUUUGUGCUGCUCUACACUCUAGUAUAAAGCCAGCUGGAGUGGCCGUUUCUCUUCAAUGUUGGCACAUUCCAUUUCCAGAAAAUCUACGUUCAUCCAAAUUGGGUAUGCAAGGUUGGGUUAAAAUAUCAUCCUCUUCUUGUUCGGGGGUUUUUGAGGAAAAAAAUAGCUCAUUUUGGAAUGAUUUCUCAACCAUUUUGAAGUUUAGAGGAAUAAACACUGAAAAAGGUAAUAUAAACUGCUUGGCGCUUCAGCCUUGGUGUCCAUUAAGUUCCCUGGAGGUGCCCUACUCCAAUGGGCAUAGCAUGAAGAACACUGUUAAUGGUAAAAUCCCUUCCAAACUAGGAGUUACUUAUUCUUCUAUGGUUUCCGCAGUGAGUUCGAUACUCCUUUCCCUUGGUGAGGACCCCAUAAGGAAAGAACUCGUGGGGACCCCACAUCGUUAUGUCCAUUGGCUGAUGAAUUUCAAGGCUUCUGCUAACCCGGAAAUGAAGCUAGAUGGCUAUAAUCUCGAUAAAUUGUGGUCAAAUCACAAAAAUGGCGAAGUUUUUUCUAAUGGUCAUACUACUAUAAUUCGUUCGGCACUAAAUAUGCCCUUCUGUUCUCAAUGUGAGCACCAUCUUUUACCUUUCUACGGAGUGGUCCACAUCGGCUACUUUGAUGAACAAAGUGGGUCUGGUAUAGAUCGAGCCCGGUUGCAAUCUUUGGUUCAUUUCUAUGGGUGCAAGCUCCAAGUGCAAGAGAGACUCACAAAGCAGAUAGCAGAGGCAGUUUAUUCUAUUUUUAGUAAAGGAGUAAUUGUAGUUGUGGAAGCCAACCACAUAUGCAUGAUAUCGAGGGGGAUUGAGAAGGUGAGGAGCAGUACGGCGACAAUUGCCGUUUUGGGUCAGUUCUCUAGUGACUCUGCAGCUAAGGCAUUAUUCCUAGAGACCAUUUCGAGCACGUCGGGGGGAUGAUUUUGUUUUGUUAAACCUUCAAAAUUUUGAUCGAAUUUUUCUGGAUAUUUCUUUCAUGCCAUUGUCUCUAUGGAGCAUGGCUGGGAUAUUAUAUGACAAGGGGUUUUCUCCAGCUAUAGUUGGGAUUUACUCAGAUUUUUUUACAACAAACAAUCAAAGCCAUUUUUUUCAACAAACAGUCAAAACCCAUAUAGAAGACACAUGGCGGAAUUAAAGCUGGCUGUGAUCCGUUGCAUUGAAUUUUCCAUAAAGAGGCAUUAUUAAGAGGUUUGAGCUUCCUCUUACGCUCUAAUUUUCCAUAAAAAGGCAUUACUAAGAGGUUUGAGCUUCCUGUUACGCUCUAAUUUUCUUCGGCAUCACAUUUGCCUAUAUUUAUGAUUCAAUCAUGCCAGAAAGCAAAUAGAUGGUUAACCAAAUUUUGUGUUAGUUCUCUUUUAUAUAAAAUUCUUUGCUGUAUUGCUUCAGCUAUGUUGAAUCUGUUGAUUGAGUUGUUUUCUGAAUCGACAGUUGUAUAUCUUCUUUUUUCUUUUUCUUUUUUCAAUAAACUUCCCCUGGAACAUCAGGACAGUGAGAUUGAGUCAAGGAAGGGCUUACUAGUUGAGUUACAGAAAAGCUGUUUUCUUCAAAGUACAAGAAGUUCGGUCAUUCUGUUCUAUAAACAAGUGAAGUUAUUUUCAGUUGUAUUGUCAGAUGGUGGAUAUAAUCAUCUAGGAUUGGUUAGAGGAGGUUUAGAAUCCAA